AUGUCUACCCCAGGCUAUCGAUGCACAAACCGCAACGGAAACACGUGCGUCCUCAUCGCCUCAACGGAGAGGGUAGCGAGCGUUGUUGUUCCGACGGGUCGUUGUGUCGGUACAGAUGUCGAAAGUCAGGGGACCGCCACGUUUCCAGACAUUGUCACACAGACCAUUACGAAGACGAGCAAUAUCCGCUCCGUUGAGACUGCGCUGGCAAUACGUGUCAUCACACUAUAUGCCCCCAUGAUACAGCUUAAUUACCAGCCCACGGACCUGGUCGCUUCGAUGACGGACAUCUCGGCCGAGGCAACGAUCAGCGGCACAGAUCGGGCACGGCCAGCGACGACGACUGCUUCCACCGGGCCACAGCAGCCGGUGGUGAGUUCUCCGACCGCCGGUAGCUCGAAUGGUUCGUGA